ACAGCCUGUAGUGAGUCGAGGCGCCCCACCGCAGUGACCGCGUCGUAGGUAUCCAACACGCGUCGUCGGAGCUUCCAGGUCGUAGGAAACAUCCAACACGGAGACGGCAUCUUCUCCAAAUUCGACGCCAAAUUUCCGAGACUCGCCGCCGGGGUACUGACAUGUUUCUUUGAAGCCAGUAAGGCAAGAAUUAAUGAGAGAACACCUCUUCUAAGCCUCGCCACGAUGCCCGCUCCAGGCGACCAGCACAAUAGCUCUGCUAAUUGCUUUGAGCCGCCUCCGCAACGGGUCUCCGAGUGGACUGCCCAAGAGAUCGCCACGCUCCAGAGCCGGCUUGACAAGCAGCUCGGGCCCGAAUACAUUUCGACGCGCCCAGGACCGUCGGGCCAAAAACUGCACUACAUAACCGCAGAGAAACUCAUACAGCUCGCAAACGAGGUCUUUGGCUUCAACGGGUGGUCAUCGGCCAUUCGGGAUAUUAAGAUCGACUACUUCGAUAAAGAUGAGCGGGCGGGCAAGUACGAAAUCGGGGUGACCGUCAUUGUGCGUGUCACACUCCGCGACGGCACGUACCAUGAGGAUCUUGGGUUUGGACACACCGAGAACAUCAGAAACAAGUACCAGGCCUUCGAAAAAGCCAAGAAGGCGGGUACCACGGACGCAUUGAAGAGGACACUGCGUCAGUUCGGCAGCUUGCUGGGCAACUGCAUCUAUGAUAAGGCGUACCUAUCCAAGGUCACCAAAUUGAAGCCGGUGCCCGUCAGGUUUGAUGAGAAUGCUCUACACCGACAUCCGGAUUAUGUGGCCAAGAAGGAGCCCGCGGCAGCCGGGGCAAUCAAGGAGGAGAUGCCGGCCCCGCCGAUGCGGCCGCCACCACUUCCCCAGGUUGAGAUUCUGGAGGCCUUUGAGGAUUUCUUGGUGGACCUGGACGAGGCAGACUUCAACGAGGGUGACCCAGACGAUUUUGAUGCACCCGACUGGACUGACGCGGAGCUAAGCAACUUGCAUGUUCCUGACAACGACAGUAACGAAGUAGGGAAUGCUGGGAACAAUGUUAAGUACCCAGCAGCCAAGCAGUUAGCAAGCACAGGUUCGACGGGCAACCGUGGUCCUCCCAACGGCCGGCCUCCUCAGCAGUUCAACCAGGCUCGGCCCGCACCCCAGCGGAACAACGCCGCCAACCAGAACCAGAACCAGAACCAGAACCAAAUUCAGAACCAGAAUCAGAACCAAAAACCACAGAUUCACAUGACGCCUCCCCAAAGCAGCAACAGCAACAGCAACAAUAACAACAACAACAACAACAACAACGCCGGACCUCCACCCGGCGACGAACCCGUCGGCUUCUUCUCAGCCCGCGCAGUUAAGGGCCUGCCGGAGGAGACACUGGCAACGGGAAAGUUGACCCCAAAGCCGGGUCAGGCCUUCAAUCCGCGCCUCGAAAGCCCUUCGAUUCCCAGGACGCCAGGCAUCGAUCACUCAACCACCAAGCCGUUGAGUAAAAGCGGUCAGCACGUACCCGGAAGAAAGUCUGACGAGACGGAGGCGUUCUCGAACAAUUCGCUUGCUGCUAAUACGGCUGCCCCCGGGGGGGGCGGGACCGGGAACGCCGCUGGACCCGGCCGUCCCGGCCUCGGUGCCGGUCCCGCUGCUGGACCAAAGAUAGCCAACGUGGUCAAUCCGCAACUUGAUCAGACGCGGAGGAUCGGCGCGCCCAUUUCGUCCAGCCCGCUGGGGAAUCGCGGUCAAUUCCGGCCGUUGACCGUCAAGAGGCCUGCUGCGGGGGCAGAUACGGCGAACGGGGCCGGCGCUGGGGUUGCAAACGGGAAUGGCGGCACCACAACUACUGCAGGAAGGGUGCCGUUAGCGGAUGUGCCGAGUAAUCGUGCCCUCGGGGCCGCCGGGGGGAAUGGAGGCGGUGGGGGGCCUGGCAUCGGACCGGAGGCGAAGAGGCAGCGAGUUUCUUGAUCUAAGGG